ACUGUGGGCCAUGUGGCUGUACCUGUUCCUGGCUUUGAUUGCUGCCAUCCCCGUUGAUGUUCAACUAUUGGAUACCAGGCAAUUUUUGAUCUACAAUGAAGAUCACAAGCGCUGUGUGGAAGCCCUAAGUCCCACGUCUGUCCAAACUGCAGUUUGCAACCCAGAUUCUGAAUCUCAAAAAUUCCGAUGGGUGUCUGACUCCCAGGUGAUGAGUGUUGCUUUUAAGUUAUGCCUGGGGGUACCAUCAAAAUCCGAUUGGGUUACUAUCACUUUAUAUGCCUGCGACUCCAAGAGUGAACUUCAGAAAUGGGAGUGCAAAAAUGACACGCUUUUUGGGAUCAGGGGUGAAGAUUUAUUUUUUAACUAUGGCAAUAAACAAGAGAAGAAUAUUAUGCUCUACAAGGGAUCUGGUUUAUGGAGCAGGUGGAAGAUUUACGGGACCACGGAUGACUUAUGCUCUAGAGGUUAUGAAGCCAUGUACACACUCCUGGGCAAUGCAAACGGGGCCACAUGUGCCUUCCCAUUCAAGUUUGGAAACAAGUGGUACGCAGAUUGCACAAAUGUUGGGCGAUCAGAUGGAUGGCUCUGGUGUGGAACCACCACCGACUAUGACACGGAUAAGCUUUUUGGGUUUUGUCCAUUGAAAUUUGAGGGCAGUGAAAGAUUAUGGAAUAAAGAUCCACUGACAGGCAUUCUCUACCAGAUAAACUCCAAGUCUGCUUUAACCUGGCACCAGGCAAGGAAGAGCUGCCAGCAGCAGGAAGCUGAGCUUUUGAGUGUCACCGAGAUUCACGAGCAAACAUACCUGACAGGAUUAACCAGUUCCCUGAACUCUGGACUCUGGAUUGGGCUUAAUAGUCUGGGUUUCAACACUGGUUGGCAGUGGAGUGGGGGCAGUCCAUUUCGAUACCUCAACUGGUUACCAGGAAGUCCAUCACCUGAACCUGGAAAAAGCUGUGUGUCCCUGAAUCCUGAAAAAAAUGCUAAAUGGGAAAGCCUGGAAUGUGUGAAGAAAUUAGGCUAUAUUUGUAAGAAGGGAAACAAUACUUUGAAUUCUUUUAUUAUUCCUUCAGAAAGUGAUGUGCCUACCAAUUGCCCUAAUCAGUGGUGGCCCUAUGCGGGCCACUGUUACAAGAUUCACAGAGAGGAGAAGAUCCAGAGGGAGGCCUUGCGGGCCUGCAGGAAGGAAGGGGGAGACCUCGUAAGCAUCCACACCAUAGAGGAAUUUGACUUUAUCCUCUCCCAGCUAGGAUACGAGCCAAAUGAUGAGUUGUGGAUUGGCUUGAAUGACAUCCGGAUACAAAUGUUCUUUGAAUGGAGUGAUGGGACCCCUGUAACAUUUACCAAAUGGCUUCGUGGAGAACCGAGCCACGAGAACAACAGGCAGGAGGACUGUGUGGUGAUGAAAGGCAAGGAUGGAUUCUGGGCAGACAGAGCCUGUGAGCAGCCGCUGAAUUUCAUCUGCAAGAUGAAAUCACAGAGCCGAGGUCCAGGAGCAGAAGAAGUAGAAAGGGGCUGCCGGAAAGGCUGGAAGAGACAUGGCUUUUACUGCUACUUGAUUGGCCAUACACUUUCCACAUUCACAGAAGCAAACCAGACGUGCAACAAUGAGAAGGCCUACUUAACAACAGUUGAAGACAGAUAUGAACAAGCAUUCCUGACUAGCUUGGUUGGAUUGAGGCCUGAGAAAUACUUUUGGACAGGACUUUCAGAUAUACAAAACAAAGGCACAUUUCAGUGGACGGUGGCAGAGGAUGUGCAGUUCACCCACUGGAAUUCGGACAUGCCAGGGCGAAAAGCAGGAUGUGUGGCCAUGAGAACUGGGAUUGCAGGAGGCUUAUGGGAUGUCUUGAAAUGUGAUGAAAAAGCCAAGUUUGUGUGUAAACACUGGGCAGAGGGAGUAACUCGUCCACCGGAGCCCACCACAACUCCCGAGCCCAAAUGUCCAGAGGAUUGGGGUGCCUCCAGUAAAACAAGCUUGUGUUUCAAGCUGUUUGCAAGAGGAAAACAUGAGAAGAAAACCUGGUUUGAAUCUCGAGAUUUUUGUCGAGCUCUGGGUGGAGAGCUAGCUAGUAUCAACAACAAAGAGGAGCAACUAACAAUAUGGAGAUUGAUCACGGCCAGUGGAAAUUACCAUGAACUGUUCUGGUUGGGAUUGACAUAUGGAAGUCCUUCAGAGGGUUUUACCUGGAGUGAUGGUUCUCCCGUAUCAUAUGAAAACUGGGCUUACGGAGAACCUAAUAACUAUCAAAAUGUUGAAUACUGUGGUGAACUGAAGGGUGACCCUGGAAUGUCCUGGAAUGAUAUUAACUGUGAACACCUUAACAACUGGAUUUGCCAGAUACAAAAAGGAAAAACACUAAAACCGGAGCCAACACCAACCCCACAAGAAAAUCCACCGGUCACAGAAGAUGGGUGGGUGAUUUACAAAGAUUACCAGUACUACUUUAGCAAAGAGAGGGAGACCAUGGAUAAUGCACGAGCAUUUUGCAAGAGGAAUUUUGGUGACCUUGUUACUAUUAAAAGCGAAAGUAUGAAGAGGUUCCUAUGGAAAUAUGUAAACAAGCAUGGUAUGCAGACACCAUAUUUUAUUGGUUUAUUGAUCAGCUUGGAUAAGAAGUUCAUUUGGAUGGAUGGAAGCAAGGUAGAUUAUGUGGCUUGGGCCACAGGUGAACCCAACUUUGCAAAUGAAGACGAAAAUUGUGUCACCAUGUAUACAAAUUCAGGGUUUUGGAAUGACAUUAACUGUGGUUAUCCCAAUGCCUUCAUCUGCCAACGCCACAACAGCAGCAUCAAUGCCACAGUCAUGCCCACUACGGCCUCUACCCCAGGCGGCUGUAAGGAAGGUUGGAAUUGGUAUAAUAACAAGUGUUUCAAAAUCUUUGGGUUUGUCCAAGAGGAGAAAAAAAAUUGGCAAGAUGCACGGAAGGCUUGCAAAGGAUUUAAAGGGAAUCUCGUGUCCAUACAGAAUGAAAAAGAGCAAGCCUUUCUUACAUAUCACAUGAAGGACUCCACUUUCAAUGCCUGGACUGGACUGAAUGACAUCAAUUCAGAGCAUACAUUCCUUUGGACUGAUGGCCGAGGAGUUCAUUAUACAAACUGGGGGAAAGGCUACCCUGGUGGAAGGAGAAGCAGCCUGUCCUAUGAAGAUGCUGACUGUGUUGUCAUUAUUGGAGGCAAAUCAAGGGAUGCUGGGUCAUGGAUGGAUGACACCUGCGACAGCAAGCAAGGUUACAUUUGUCAGACACAGGCUGACCCUUCUUUGCCUAAUCUUCCAACAACAGUCCCUACCAAUGGCUUUAUUAAAUACGGGAAAAGCAGUUAUUCGUUCAUGAAGUUAAAGUUACCCUGGCAGGAAGCAGAGAAAUACUGCAGAGAUUACAAUUCUCUCAUGGCUAGCAUUCUGGAUCCUUACAGCAAUGCAUUUGCAUGGAUGCAGAUGAACACAUUCAAUGUUCCUCUGUGGAUUGGCCUCAACAGUAAUUUGACCAAUAAUGAAUAUACUUGGACUGACAAGUGGAGAAUGAGGUACAGUAACUGGGCUGCGGAUGAGCCCAAGCUGAAAUCCGCCUGUGUCUAUCUGGAUGUUGACGGCUACUGGAAGACAUCGUAUUGCAACGAAAGCUUUUACUUUCUCUGCAAAAGAUCAGAUGAGAUCCCAGCCACGGAGCCUCCCCAGCUGCCGGGUCGGUGUCCGGAGUCUGAGCACACGGCUUGGAUCCCUUUCCAUGGCCAUUGCUACUACAUAGAGUCUUCAUUUACAAGAAACUGGGGCCAAGCUUCUCUGGAAUGUCUUCGAAUGGAUUCCUCUUUGGCUUCCAUUGAAAGUGCUGCUGAGUCCAGUUUUCUGUCAUAUCGGGUGGAGCCUCUUAAAAGUAAAACAAACUUUUGGAUAGGCAUGUUCAGAAAUGUUGAAGGAAAGUGGCUGUGGGUAAACAAUAACCCGGUCUCCUUUGUCAACUGGAAUUCAGACGAUCCCCCUGGUGAACGAAAUGGCUGUGUCGUGUUAAUGGCAUCUUCGGGGACUUGGAAUAACGUCCACUGUACUUCCUACAAAGGAUUUAUCUGUAAAAAACCAAAAAUUGUUGAUGCUGAAACUACUCAUAUAUCUGUUACAACAAAAGCUGACUCAAGGAAAAUGGAGCCUUCCAAAUCUACUUCCAGCGCAGCAGGAGUUGUGGUCAUUGUGAUCCUAAUUCUCAUAGGUGCUGGGUUGGCUGCCUAUUUCUUCUAUAAGAAACGCCAUGUGCACCUACCUCAAGAGGGAGCUUUUGAGAACACGCUCUAUUUUAACAGCCAAUCAGGAUCAGGAAUCAGCGAUACCAAAGAUCUCAUGGGCAACAUUGAACAGAAUGAACAUGCUGUUAUCUAGGAUCAUCUCAUGACUGGGUCAUGUGGGAGUUUCCAAAAGUUGGGAAGUUUUCAGUUCUUUAAUUCAAUGUGACUUGUGUCUUUUAAAAAUUAGUACUACAUUGUACUGGUCUUUCCUUUGCUUCAUUGAAGAAAAACAUAAUUUGCUUACAUGUUCUAACCUGGCAAGACACUAUUGUUAUUAUUAUUAUUUUACACUAGAGGGCUAAUAGUAUUGAUUAUCACUCUAAAAAUAUUCCAGAUGAAUAUGCAGCACUGGAAUGAUAACUCUGAGGUGUCCUUGGUAGCUCAGGUCACCUUUAUGACAAGAACUCUAGAAAUAACCAGCUAAGCCUUCUGAAAUAUUUUAAGCAACAUCUAAAGAGAGUCUAUCCACUCCAUUGCAAUUCAACAACUGGAAGACCAUUUUAAAACCAAGUACAAAUAACAUCAAGUGGAACAAAAAUUUAGUGUCUUUUAUGACUACUGUUGAUUUCAUUACAUUUAGUUAGAACUGUAUUUGUCAACACACAAGAGUAAGGAGACUGAGAAUUUCAUCAUCCCUAAGCAAGAUACUACAGACUGAAUACUACAAAGUUGUUUUGUUAUUUGUAUAUCAAGGAGGCAAAGAUGUUAAAUAAAAGUGUAAAUUUGAGUAACUGGGUGUACUUAGAUAAUGUGAAAUAAACAUUAAAGACAAGGUCUAUUUUUAAUAGA